GUGUGAAUCAACGUUCAUAAUCUCGUGACAAAAAAAAACAUCUGUUGUCCCACCCUCCAAAGUGUUCUUUGGACUCGGAUAGAUAGCACGGGUCCGAGCUAAUAUUUCACAACAGUUAGGAGUUGAGGUUUUGAGCGUGGUAAGCACAUAAUCUGUUCAGCUGUUUUAGUUGUUCUACCAGGACUACAAGAUGAAAGUUACUUUGGUUUUGGGCUUAGCUUUCUUCUGCUCACUCUGGUUAGGAGGUUUGCCUUUAAAGUGCUCAUCUUGUUCAAGUAAUGUUUCCUAUGAAGAUUGUCAAAAGAAGUUGAUGGCAGUAAACUGCACUGAGGACCAGGUUUGUUUUCAAGCAGAUGCCAAGUAUGAGAAAGGGGAUAAGGUAAUAAUUACUAUUCAAAAAGGAUGUGUUGGAAAAACCUUGUGUGAUGCUUACAGCAAAGGGGACAUUGAGGAAUGCAAAACAAGGAAAGCACAAGGAUAUACAGUACUGGACUGCAACGGAAAGUGUUGUUUUGAUGGUGAUGAAUGUAACAAGGAAAAUCCUCUGCCAAACAACCAAGGUUCUGCAUUUUUAAUCAGUGUAAUGGUCUUGCUGCUUAGUGUGCUCUUGACUCUUAGUAAUGUAAAUUGACUUUGAAAAGCUUCCAUUUCUCUGACUUAGCAACCUUUGAAUCUUUUAUUCAAGGGGUAUGUUUAGAAAUCCUAAUAGAAUUCUUAAAAACCUCUAGAUUCUUGUUAACUCUUUGACCCAUAACAGUCUGACCAACAUCAAACAUUUAGGGUCGCAAGAGCAAAGGAAAUAAUCACAACUGAAUAAGUUCUUGAUUGUUAAACAAAUUCUCCUUGUCAGCACCUUAGGAAAUGUAUAGAGACCAGUACAGAGAAUGUGCAUACUGAUGUUAGAAUGUAAAGGGUUUAAGAAACUGGUUGUUCAUUGGGCAUCAAUUAUCAGAGACUCUAUAGCUUUAGAGCAGAAUCCUUCAGUUAAAUUUCCAUUGCCUAUAAGCUAAUUUUUAUUUUCAGACGCGUAGGAUAUUCUUCAGUUAUUUUAUGCUAUCAUAAACUGCUUCUGCU